AUGAUCUCCGAUCCAUUCUAUCAUAAUCGAUCCCUCACCACACUGGAAUUAUCACGGAAUAAUCUGGAAGACUCUGGAAUAAAACUUCUAUGUGAGGGGCUCAGAGAUCCUGGCUGUACUCUGCAGUGGCUGGAGUUGUAUGAUUGUGGUGUGACUUCCUCCGGCUGCGAUGAUCUCCGAUCCAUUCUUAUCAAUAAUCGAUCCCUCACCACACUGGAAUUAUCACGGAAUAAUCUGGAAGACUCUGGAAUAAAAAUUCUAUGUGAGGGGCUCAGAGAUCCUGGCUGUACUCUGCAGUGGCUGAGAAUUUGGAACUGUAAAGGGACAUUAUGGUGCUGUGAUGAUCUUUCCUCCGUUAUCUCCACAAACCGAACUCUGACCUCUCUGGAGAUAACAUUGGAUGAUGAUAAGAAGAUGUCGGAGUCAGAAGAGAGACGAUGUUGUGAGGUCCUCCGGAAUGCUGGCUUCUCUGUGGAUAGACGGAUUGGCGGAGGCUGGGAUGUAUCUAUACACAGAAGAAGAUAAAAAGAUGGUGUGUGGGAGCUCCUCCCCCUCUCAGACGGCCAGAGAUUUGUCUGGUGAUUGUGUCCCGGUGUUGGGUCUGCUGGACCUCUUCCAUGUAUAGAGGAUGUACUCACCGACAACUCGGAUUUCUCUGCAAUCCUCUAAAGGAAAGUCUUCUACUCUUCAUGGAUAUAAUGGUCGCCUCCCAUUGUGAAUUCCCUCUUCUCCCCUCUGUAGGAUUCCGCACUUUCCAAUAUUAUCAAUACUUACUAUGAUGAUGAUGAGGAUCCGAUUCAUUAUUAGGAAUCAUUCAUGACGGAGAAAGGAUAUUUCUAAAGUUUCUCAUCAAUAAAAGCUGAGUGGAACAAUCACUAAUACAGACACAGAGACCGCAUCUUCCUCUUAAUGCUGUCCUACUCCUCUCAGUCCUCCAUACUACUCUCCAUCCUCCAUACUACUCUCCAUCCUCCAUACUACUCGCCAUCCUCCAUACUAC